AUGGCUUCCAGACCGUCUCUCCCAGAGGAGGAUCUCUCCUGUCCUGUGUGCUGUGACAUCUUCAAGGAUUCUGUCCUCCUGUCGUGUAGCCACAGCGUCUAUAAAAUCUGUCUGUAGGAAUACUGGAAAGGGAAUGAGUGUAAGGAGUGUCCAGUUUGCAGGAGUAGAUCGUCAAGACACAAACCUCCAUGUAACCUGGUUUUAAAAAACCUGUGUGAGGCCUUCUUACAGGAGAGAAGUCAGAGAGCUUCAAAAGAGUUGCUCUGCAGUCUGCACAGAGAGAAACUCAACCCAUUGGUCACACACUGGUUGAAUCAACAUUGUUUCCACGUCAUUUCAAUGAAAUUACAUUGAACCAACGUGGAAUAGACGUUGAAUUGACGUCUGUGCUCAGUGGAAAGCUCUUCUGUCUGGAGGAUAAACAGCCUGUCUGUUUGGUGUGUCAGACUUCCAGAAAACACACAAACCACAAGUCAAGUUCUGUUCCAUAGAUGAAGCUGCACAGGUUAAGAAGGUAAUAAGCAAACUAUAAAUAUGAACUCAGGUCCUCAAGGGUCAUUAUGUAUUCUGGUCUUUGCCUUUUUAUCAGAGCAGGUUAAUCAUGUUUAUGGACUCGUUCUCUAUAGCCUUAAACAACAUUAAUCAAUCAAUUGGAGAAAUCAGUCUAUUGACGCACCCGUACAUAAAUCUAAGUAACAUAAUAAAAAAAUCCCCAUAAAAAUCAGUCAGUUUAGGCUAGAGCGUCUCAAUCUACUGCAUCCGCCUAUGUCGGCCUACAGCAUCUGCGGUGGAAGGUGGCCGAGCUACAGCGGUGUUUGUCAGACCAUGAGACAUCCCGAAAAUCCCGAAAAUCUGUCUUCUCACGAAAACGGCUGUAGCGUCCGAUCGGUUUGGCUACAAUUAUGACCACUCUAUGGAAAGGGGAGACUCUCACGAACAUGAUGGUGUGCUCUACCACCCCACAAGCCGUACGGGACUCAUCUGAAGGUAACCCAUACAAACAAAGAUAUUUCCUGAGCUUUCUUAUAUCUUCUAGAUAUAGGACAGACACUUCAAAACUUUAUUCUUUAUGAUACAUUUUUGACUGUCUCUUUUACCAUGUAUGGAUGUGUUAUUCAAUGCAUUUCUAUGGGCUAUAGUAGUGAAGGCCAAAUUAAAUAUUUUAUCAAAUCAUUUUUCUAUAUUUGUUUUUGAUACCUAAAGGGGUCCUAAAAUUCAAACUCAAAUAGCUAAAAGACCCAUGGUAUGACCAUCUUAAAACAAUUCCAUAAGUUAGCUUAGUAUCCCCCAACGGCUUAGACUUUUAGAGGUUUUAAGCGCUGUGAAGAUAAUGGUUGUGCACCCCUGGGAUAUGACACUGAUCAAUUUAAUCUUUCAGUAAAGUAAGGUUUAAUUUCAGGCUAAACUCAAGACUGGACUUUGGACCUUAUAGGAAAAGCUGGAGAUCUUUUAUGAAGUUAAAUUAACUUGUGAUCAAACGGUAGAGCAUAUAAAGGUGAGAAAGCUGAGUGCUGCUAUGAUAAAACUUUUUGAUUAUAUAGUGAAUAAAUGCCUCAUUGACUAAACAAGUAAUUUGAUUAGAUAAUGGCCUGACUGAUUUUACACCUGGAAUGUAUUUAAACCCUGUUUCUGUUUGAGGGGCGUCUGCUCACGAUAGCGCCACAUUUGAGUUUUUGCCCUAUCACUACACAGCUGAUUCUAAUAAUCAACUCAUCAUCAAGCUUUGAUUAUUUGAACAGCUGUGUAGUGCUAGGGCAAAAAACUAAAUGUGCACCCCUUGGGGUCCCCAGGGCCAAGUUUGGGAAAUGCUGGUCCAGUGGUUUGGUGGUUCCUUGCCGCAUGGAGUCUUGUGAGUUUGACGAUCUGUUUUAAAUUGCAUGGUUUGUGAAUGUGUUCCUGAACCAGAGCGAAAGGCCACUGCUGAAAAUGUAUACUUGUUAAACCAUGUUUUAAAGGCCCAGUGCAGUCAAAAAUGUGAUUUUCCUGUGUUUUAUAUGUAUUUCCACACUGAGGUUGGAAUAAUAUUGUGAAAUUGUGAACAUUAUGAUAAUGCCCUUUUAGUAUAAGAGCUGUUUGAUAAGAACACCUUACAUUUCAGCCUGUUUUGGUGGGAUGGAGUUUUGGCUUUCAAAGUGACAUCACCAUGCAGUAAAUUAGUUAAUAGACCAAUAACAGCAAGUUUCCCCAAUAACAGCACAUUUUCAGUGUUCCCUUCCCCACUCAGACCCCUCCCAGAGAGUCCUAGCAAAAGUCUUGCUUGAGAAAUUGCCCUUUGCUAAGAAGCUAUUUGUUUCUUUUAGGCCAUUGUAAUAAUAUAAUUUUACUGCAGUGGGCUAAAUCAGGGUCAGUGUUUCUUGGUAGUCUUAAACAAAUCUACUUUGAAACAAAAGUACACACAUGGUUAUGGGCUUUAAAACAUGAAGACACCUGUACCAUGUCAGAUAUAGAGUUGAAAUGUAUUCAAUUUUGAGUUUGCAUCCCAAUAUUACACUUUAUAUACAUCACAGAAGACUGAAAUAUAACAAAACCAUUUGACAUAGAAACACAGGAUUUUCUGAAAUAAUGUUUAAUAAUUAUGAACAAUAUGAAUAACAUUACACCCAUGAGGUCACUAGGUCAUUUGACUGCAGGACAGGCUACUUGAAAACAAUCACAGUAAGGUACUUAAUUGUUACACAGAAAUGAUUUUAUAUUGAGAUAAAAACAGCUGCAUUGAACCUUGAAUAUAUUCAAUAGUUAAACUGUUUGCCUCUACUUCACUCGGCCUGCUCAACCCAGAUCCAAACAAUCUGUUACAUUUUCCACCUUUUGACGGAUACUCUGUCUUCAGAGCCAGGUCCAGCACACCGAGAAGCUGAUUAAGGAUGAGUUUUAGAAACAUCACCAGUUUCUACGAGAUGAAGAGGCAAGCAGGAUAGCUGCUCUGAGGGAGGAAGAGGAACAGAAGGGUCAGAUGAAGAUUGAGGAGAUGGGAAGAGAGGUAUCAUGACUUUCUGACACAAUCAGAGCCAUAUGUGGAGAGUUGAGCACUGAAGAUAUUUCAUUCCUGAGGUAAGAACCAACAUCUUUUUCCUUGGUAGACAUUAUUUAGAUUUGUUUGAUUGAUAACUAUGUUGAUAAUAUUGAUAAACUGCUAUGUUGUUCCUCUACAGAACUACAAGGCCACCUUGAAAAGGUACGCUGCCUCCUGUCUCUCUGCUUUCUGUAGUUCUGAACCCAACCCCACGGCAGCACUGACUCCUGAAUGUUUUUCCAGAGCACACUGCCAGAUCCAGAGAGGGUUUCAGGAACGCUGAUAGACGUGACCAAACACCUGGAGAACCUGAAGUUCAAAGUCUGGGAGAAGAUGCAGGAGAUGGUUCAGUACAGUAAGUGUUGUUUUGUGAUUACAUAAUGGAAAUUACAUUUUCUAAUAGAAAGAGGUGCACUCGCACACACACACCUUCGCUGGAAAUUACAGUAUACAUUCUUCUGAAAACCAUAUCAAAAAACAAAGGAAACAUGUUUGUCUUGUUUUACAUUUUACAAGGUUCUACACAGUUCUCUGUUUAGCUCCCGUGACUAUGGGUCCCAACACUGCUCACCCACGUCUCAUCCUAUCUGAUGAUCUCACCAGUGUGAGAUACAGUAGAGUAGAGAAACGGUCACAGCUAUCCGGGAUCCUUAGGAUGUCCCUACCCUAAACCCUAACCUUUUUAAAUUUCAACUUCAAUGGGGGGUAGGGAUAUCCCAAGGAUCCCAGAUAGCACGGACCGUAGAGAAACACAGCAGCUUCCUGACAACCCAGAGAGAUUGGAUGAAAUGAUCCUGAGCUCGGAGGGCUUUGACUCAGGGACACAGUUGUGA